UUCACACUUUCAGUACUGUGGAAGUAAAAAUAACUGAAGUUUUGACUCUGUAAAGACAUAAACAAUAGAUAUGUUUCUAAUGUGGCUAGCUAUAGCUUAUCAUUUGGCUGCUAAAACGCAUUGUAAAUUGUAAAAAAUCACUUGAAAAUACUAAAAUGUUUUCAUACAGGCAUUAUGACAAUAUAUUUUUUUUGUUGCCUUUGUUUGUUUUGUUUUACAUUAAUUUUUGUUUGUGUUUUGUAGACAAUACAAAUUUUUCAGUUUUAUUUUCUACACAGUUCAGCGCAACAAGAAAAAUCAGGGCCUAUGUUGCAACUUCUGUGAGGUCCCUAUGGUCUCUAUUGUCACAGGUUUGAAUUAGCAGGUCACAAUUCACACUUCGAAUCAAUCCCAUUUUUUCACCAAUCACAUUUCUGAUGGUUUUUGCAACCAAGUAACCAUUAAUAAGGGAUCAAUGACAAGUGACCUAAAGUGCUCCCGGACAACAUAUACGCAAGGGUUUUCUUCUCUAUAGUCAGGAAAAUCCAUUUGACAAAUUAACUGAAUAUAUACAAGCUGUAUUGACUUUUGUUUGAUGGUGGCACUUUACGGAUGAAGCUUUGCUGUCAUGUUGUUUUUGUGAUAUGUAAAAUGUUUUGUUAAAAAAUCAUGUACUAAAUAUUUUACUGUUCCCUUUAAAAUUUGCUUUCCCAAAAGUUUUCAGUAUUUUUAGGCUAUAUACAACAAGGACUAAUUUGAUAUUGCAACACUCUUUUCUCGAUGGACCUGAUAUCUUCAUAUUUUGUUCCAAAACUGUGAAAACGGGAUUAUGCAACUUAGUGCUACAUUUUGUUACAAAACUAUGAAAACAUAAUUAUAUAAUGCUUAAAUAUUGUUUUGUUUAAUUCUAAAGCUAUUAAAACAAAAUCGUUGAAGCUCCACUAUAUUCCACUAUUUCUUUUAGAAAUUCAUGAAGUAAGAAUUUGGUGACACUCACAGCAGCAGAAGCCUAAAAUGUGUUAAUUAUGUUACUUUUAGAAUAAACAUACACACUGUAGAAAGCAAUACUUGAAGUACAUACAAAUGAAAUGGAAAAUGCUAGCACCAAUAGUGAAUUGGCGGGACAUUUGCAUAUACGAAUCAACUCUUCAGGUGUUGGAAAGUUAAAAUCAUUAAAAAGAUAUCACUGGUUUAUAAUCGACAAAAAAACCAACCAACUGUGCGGGUAUAAGAACAGCAAGGAUAUUGGAAACAAAGAUGCAAUUGAAUCACUGCCUUUAUUUGGAGCUGGUGUCUCAUUUGGAAACACUGAUGAAAAUGAAUUUAUCAUAAAUAUACGAGGCACAGAGUAUCGUUUAAAUGCUGAAAAUCACAAAAUGCUGAUGAAAUGGACAAAUACACUGCAGGAACUAGUGAAGAGAAAACCAGAAGUGACUGCUGAUGCAACAAAACUAGAAUCUGUUCCAGAAGAUGAACCACUUACAAUCGAACAAAGCCGACAUGGCGUUGAAAAGAAACCCAAGAGAAAAAGUUUAUUUCAAAGAAUAUUCAGCCGAAAAUCCAAAUCAAUUGUGAAGGCGAAUGAUAAAUCAAAUUUCUCAGAUGGUGACAGAGUUGUUCGAGCAGCACCUCUCAGAUCAGUUGUUGGUUCAAUGCAAGAUAUUUCAACCAAACCAGAGAACUGCAGCAACUGCCAACUUCUACAAGGUCAUAAUUCUUAUCUAACCCGUCAAGUAUCGCAACUUAAUCAAGAUAUUGAGAAUGUUAAAGAACAACUCAGAGUUAAUGUCAGGAGUUACAACACUAUUGAAGUAGAAAGCAUAAAAUUAAAGAAGAAUUUUAUUGUUUUCAUACAGCGGUCUCUAAUGCAAGAUGAAAAUACAUACAAUAAGUUAGCAGACAUUCCUGCUAGCAAGGAAGUAAUACAGUUGGUGAAAAAAGAAAAAGAAAUAAACAACAACCUUCCUGAAUUUAACAGUGAAGGAAAAAUGGAACUUCACGAAGACUAUUUAGGAUUUAUUCACGGUACAAGAGAUACGUCCAUGCAAGUGUUGUUGUAUCUCUGUGAUGUGUUGAAAAGAAAAUAUGACUCCCAUCUACAGGAAAACAAUGAUAUAUACCAACAAUGGCAAACAUAUACUGUCUCCGUGACUACAGAAUCAACCAUUAUAUUUGAUAACAACUUAAAAGAACUUAUCCGACAUGGCAUUCCACAUGAUCUUAGAGGGAAACUGUGGACUAUGUUGAUAGAAGAACAUGUGAAAAGUAUCAAAGAGGAAAAAGGCGACAAUUAUUACAAACAUUUAGUGUCGAAGCUACCCGACUUGCAGGGUGAUGAAGAAGAUAACGAUGGUUCUAUUGAAAAGCAAAUUAAAAUUGAUUUAAUGCGUACGAUGCCGACACAUAAAGACUUUCAAAAUUUAGAACAAGGAAAGAUACCUGUAUUGCAUAGAGUCCUUCGAGCAUAUUUACUACACAAUCCAGAGAUAGGAUAUUGUCAGGGAAUGAAUUUUAUGGUUGGAUUCGCACUGUUAUAUUUGGAUGAAGAAGGCAGUUUCUGGUUGCUGGUUGCUGUUAUGGAAAUAUUUUUCAGCUCACAUCAUUACAACAUGUAUUUGUCAGGAACACAGGCUAAUCAAAAAGUGAUGGACGAGGUCGCGCGUCAAGAACUUCCAGGCAUGUUGGAACGUUUAGACAAGCUGUUUUGUGAACUCUCGCCUGUAACUUUCAACUGGUUUAUGACGAUAUUCAUCGAUUCUAUGCCUGUUGAGAUUGUUUUUGUGAUAUGGGAUUGGUUUUUAGUGUUUGGUCAUAGUAUCCUUUACAAGAUAGCUUUGAGUUUAUUAAGACUGCGUAAAAAUUCCAUCAUGAAGGCUGCAGAUGCUUUGUCCACAAUGCGAAAGUUGAAGAUGCUGGGAAGAUCUUUCCAUGACCUCGAAACACUUUCUGAGGCUGUUUUCGAUGGUUCAUUUAGACACACUUCAGAAGAAUAUCUCGAAAUGUACCAGAAGUAUUUAGUUGAAAUUGAAGAAGAAAGCAGACGAAGACAGUUGGAAGAUGAAGAAUAUGAAAAAAGAAAACAAAAACUUAAAUUCACGCCCAAGCAAAUGACGGUUUCUAUAUCGGACAAUCUCGACACAUUAGAUGAUGACAUGAUCAUUAAAUGCGCUGCUUGUGAAGCUAAUCGAAAUUUCGUAUGGUUGCUAUGUUCAUCAGAUCUUGCUGGACAGUUGUUUGUUCUGAACGUUGCCAGUAAGAAUAUCGAGCUGGUUGAUUGGCAGAUAGAUUGUAAAUGUUUAUCCAUGGCUAGUUUAUCAAACUCCGGUAUUAUGUUGAUCUCCACCAUAAAAUCCACUUUGCAUGCUAUAGAUACCGAAAAGAAACACGAGUUGUGGAAGAUGCAGUUGGCUGGUAGUGUAUUGCAUAUUUCAUGUGAUUCACUUGGCAACGUGGGAUUGGCGUUGAUGGAUGGCAGCAUUGCACUUUUGAAUAUCAAAGGGAAGGAGUUCCAUCAAAAUAUACCAACAUAUGUGGAUAUCAGUCGUUCACCGGUCUUUUGUGGUUGCAUCAUAAACGACCAUUUUUGGUGUGGUGCAGCUAAUAAAAUCGUCAUUUUGGAUAUAAACACACUGGAGAUGCGAACGUCUUUACGCGUUUGUCCAAAUACACGCCACACUGUGUCGCAACUGGUGUCUUCAAAUAACGGAGUGUGGGCUUCCGUACAAGGAUCGUCCGUCUUGCAUUUAUGGGACCAACAAAAACAUGUUUGUUUGCUAACUGUGGACAUUCUUGACGAGUGCAAUUUAUCCUCAGAGAAAAAAUCUGGAAAUGCGCUAGCUUCAAGUGUGACCACAAUGUUGGCACUUAAAAAUAAAUUGUGGGUUGGUUUCGGCAACGGCCGUUUUAUUAUAUGCGACAUUUUUCAAGAAGCCAACAGCGAGGAUGAUUUAAACGAGGCUAUACAUUUAUUCAAAAGCACAGAGAAUUUAGCUGUUGCUCAAACAAAGGCUAAGCUCGGCGUAUCUACAUGUUGCCACGCCAUAACUGGCGAUUCCCCUGUUAAAGAAACAGAGGAAUACCCCUUGCAACAACACGUGGACGGGUCGACGGAUUUCGUAAUGGUGGAGAAACGCUCCUCCAUGAUGGAGGGAGACUCGUCUGUGAGAAUCUCGCUGAAGAUGAAUCAGAUUCAAAGAGUGUGUGAGGAAACAGUGAACUGCUUCGUACCAUGCAGACAAGACGGAAAGUUGAUUUUAAGUGGUAUGGGAGGCUUAAACAAUGAUUCUUCUGUUAUUUUAUGGUCGUCAGAGAAGAGAGACGGUCGAGAAAUGUGGUUUGCUCAAACCGUUUCACAUUCAGAAUAGAUUUUAGAUAAGAAAUAAUAAAAAUCGCGGAAAUAAUUUAAUUACAAUGUUCAUGUUGUUCGAUAUAAAUUAUAUGGAUAUGUAGAUUAUGUGGUAUAAUAUCCCGAUAAAUUCUCGAACAUCUGUUGCAAAUUAUUUUUUUUUUAUUUAUCGUUUUCAUUUUUUAGAAUUAUUUAUAAUUUCUUUAUUAGGAGGGAAGGUGUAUGGGUCCAUCCUGAAAUUUUAUGUACCUAGUUUAGAAUCAUUCAGUUAUCAGCAUUUCUUUAAUCCAGCACAUAAUUUCCUGCAUCUUAUUAAAACCAACAUGCGUUUUUUUUUCUUUUUACAACCCAAACUUUUUUUCUAUAGACAGUUAGCAAUUUCGACGACUUUCGUUUCUGCUAGAUUUUUUGAUUUUGGGCUAUUCGGAUAGUUUUUUCACGGGUUAAGGUUAAGAAUAUUGAAUGUUUGGAUAAAAAAAUGUUGAGCGCGCUAUAUUAGCUGGUUACAAUUUUUGAAAAUAAAAUUUGAAAACGCAAUCAUAGAAAAUGUUAUAGCUGGCUCAUGGUUAUUUAUUUAAAAAAAAACCCUUUUCCUCAGAGCUUCGGUUUACUUUGCUUAGUGAAAUGGGGCUCUGGAUACAAAGUUGACAUAAGUACAAUGUUCUGUACGAGGUAAUUAUAUAAUUUGUAUAUAUUUCAUUUCUGUUUUUUAUAUUAUUCACUUUUAUUUUUUGUAUACUAUAUUUUUUAAAAAAAUCAUAUUUACUCAAUUUUGUAGUAAUAAAUCAAUUUUAUUGAAUUAGAAUAUUUGUUUUUUCUUCAAAUCUUCCAGAAGAUUGAGGUUGUCACAAAAUUAUCUGAUUUUCAGAGUUUUUCAGAACUCUUCAGUAGAUAGAUAUAAUCUACAGAAUAAACCUUUCAGAAAUGUAGGAACUCACUCAACAUCUUACCCAAGUAUAGAGACUUGGAUCACAGAAUAUCUCAUUGUCUCCUAGUUAGUCCAUAGGUGCUAGGGCGAACGCUGGACCAUCAGGUUUUUUAAAAAGAAUAGUGUGCA